UUCAGGUUCUGAUAUGUGUCCAUUGGGUCAGUUUCCUUGUGGGAAUCUGUCAGUGUGUUUGCCUCAACCACAGCACUGCAACGGGCAGCAGGACUGUCCUAAUGGAGCAGACGAAGAGAACUGCGUGGAUAACAGUGGUUGGCCCCAUCUGUUUGAUGCCUUCAUGAAAACAAGGGUCCAGGAGUCGAAAGAGUGCAUGUUAGAUGUCUAUCCAGAUGUGUGUCAUUGUGAGGGUCGGAAGGUGAACUGUAAUGGCAAAAACCUCCUCCAUGUACCUGUUGUAUCCUCUAAUGUAACUGCACUAGAGCUGAACAGUAACAGGAUCGAAUCUCUCUCUCGUGAUCUGUUCAUCCGCUACAGACACCUGGAGAGACUACAUUUGGAAAGUAACAGUAUAGAAAUGAUCUCCAAGAGGGCAUUUUUGGGACUGAUCUCUUUGCGUAAACUAGCAUUGAGGAGAAAUCGCAUCGGCACCAUUGAGGAGGGAACAUUUGCAGACAUGCAAAGAUUGAUAGACCUAGACGUGUCUAUGAACCAGAUCAAAGACCUGCCUCCAUCUCUGUUCCAGAACCUCCAGAACCUCAAACAGCUAAAUAUUUCCAACAAUCCCCUGACACACAUAUACGACAAUCAAUUUGACAGUCUGGUGAAUCUGCAGUCACUGAGUAUGGAAGAGGUAGAGAUUCCCAACAUCAGCAUCAGGAUGUUCCGACCCCUAACUAACCUCACUCACAUUUAUUUUAAGCGUUUUGAAUUCUGUGGAUAUUCUCCCAACGUGCGGAGCUGCAAACCAAACACAGACGGAAUCUCAUCCUUCGAGAAUCUGCUGGCAAACAUCAUUCUGCGCGUGUUUGUCUGGGUCGUCGCCUUCAUCAUUUGCUUCGGAAACAUCUUCGUCAUCUGUCUGCGUUCCUGUUUUGCUUCUGAGAAUCAACAUCACACAAUGGCCAUCAAAUCCCUUUGCUGUGCCGACUGUCUCAUGGGUGUGUAUCUGCUUUUCAUCGGUGCCUUUGACAUCAAGUAUUGCGGCGAGUACAACCGUCAUGCUCAGAUAUGGAUGGAGAGUCUGUCUUGCCAGUUGAUCGGCUCUCUGGCCAUGUUGUCCACAGAGGUAUCCGUCAUGAUGUUGACCUACAUGACACUAGAGAAGUACCUGUGCAUCGUCUUCCCAUUCCAGCAUUACCGUGCUGGACGAAAACAGACCCUGUGCUCACUGACCUUCAUCUGGUUGCUAGGAUUUAUCAUUGCCGUUAUUCCCUUCUGGGAUAAACAGACAUUUGGGAAUUUUUAUGGGCGGAACGGAGUAUGCUUCCCUCUUCACUCAGACCAGACAGAGAAACCUGGUGCCAGAUGCUAUUCUACAGCUAUUUUUCUCGGUCUGAAUCUGCUGGCUUUCGUGGUGAUUGUAUUCUCCUACUCCAGUAUGUUUUACUCUGUCCAGAAGACAGCGAAGACAGCGCGUCAAACAGUAUUUGAUCGAGAAGUCACUAUCGCAAAGCGGUUUUUCUUCAUUGUGUUCACUGAUGCCAUGUGCUGGAUCCCCAUCUUCCUCUUGAAGAUACUAUCACUACUAAGAGUACAUAUCGCUGGUGCCGACUGUCUCAUGGGUGUGUAUCUGCUUUUCAUCGGUGCCUUUGACAUCAAGUAUUGCGGCGAGUACAACCGUCAUGCUCAGAUAUGGAUGGAGAGUCUGUCUUGCCAGUUGAUCGGCUCUCUGGCCAUGUUGUCCACAGAGGUAUCCGUCAUGAUGUUGACCUACAUGACACUAGAGAAGUACCUGUGCAUCGUCUUCCCAUUCCAGCAUUACCGUGCUGGACGAAAACAGACCCUGUGCUCACUGACCUUCAUCUGGUUGCUAGGAUUUAUCAUUGCCGUUAUUCCCUUCUGGGAUAAACAGACAUUUGGGAAUUUUUAUGGGCGGAACGGAGUAUGCUUCCCUCUUCACUCAGACCAGACAGAGAAACCUGGUGCCAGAUGCUAUUCUACAGCUAUUUUUCUCGGUCUGAAUCUGCUGGCUUUCGUGGUGAUUGUAUUCUCCUACUCCAGUAUGUUUUACUCUGUCCAGAAGACAGCGAAGACAGCGCGUCAAACAGUAUUUGAUCGAGAAGUCACUAUCGCAAAGCGGUUUUUCUUCAUUGUGUUCACUGAUGCCAUGUGCUGGAUCCCCAUCUUCCUCUUGAAGAUACUAUCACUACUAAGAGUACAUAUCGCUGGUACCCUCAUUCUGUGGGUGGUGAUUUUUAUCCUUCCCAUAAACAGCGCCCUGAACCCCAUCCUGUACACUAUCACAACCAGCGCCUUUCAGCAGAGACUCAAACAGUGUUUGAAAUAUCGCUGCCAGCAGACUAACUGACACACACACACGCACACGCACACGUGCUCUGAGAUUAAUAUUCCAUGUGGAAUAAAAGGUUAAUAGAUGACAGGAUAAUGACCACACAUACAAGUUGUUCUCAUCCUCAGCACAAGCUAAUAAGGCUUAUUAGAGCCUGUAGGGUUGAAGUAAGGAGAGCACACACGGCAACAUUAACCAGCAGAUCAUCACAAACAAUAUACGCUUAUGCAAGUAAAACCAAGCCUUAUAUGAAAA